AUGGAUUGCAGCGAGACGACUAAAAAAAUUGGUAUUCUCUACGAUGGAAAUGAGGAGUCGAUGGAAAAUGUCAUCCGCUCGACCAUCAACUUAUUCACAAAUGAUUCUGCUGUUCAACUUACUGCUGAUGUUAAAAAGAUUGACCAUGCUUCACCAUUAGAAAUAGGGUUCGAAGCGUGCAAACUUUUAAAGAACAACGUCACGGCUAUGAUAUCAGUUACCAGCAGUUGUGAAGCCCAGUACUACCUUGAAGACAUGUUUACUAGCUUGAAUCAGCCUCUGCUUGCUGUUGAAGGUAGCAUCUGUGAACAUCCCAAAAUGAUGCUGACAGGUUCUACAAUCACCAUGCACCCAGCUAGAUAUCACCUGCAGCAACUUCUUGGCAUGGAACUCAUCAAGCAUCUUCAUGUUGGAGCUAUGACGAUAUUUUUUGAUGAUACUACAGGGCAUAGAUUCGUACAAGAACUUAUAUCUGUGUACACAGAAUCCGUCAUCAAAGUUCAACAGUUCUAUUUCAAACGCAAGGACCAGCCAGACGACCACAUCGCUAAUUCUAUGAAGAUCAUGAAGAAUACAUCGGAGCUGCAUAAAACUGUCAUUGUGCUGUGUAGUAAUUACAAUGUCAUACAUAUCUUACAUCAGGCGCAAAUAGCGGGACUUCUUCGACAAAACUUCUUCUGGAUCAUUGUUGGAAGAAACAUAUCAACUGAUGAGGUCGGUGCGUAUUCGCCCAGUGAUAGCAACGUUGCAUUUAUCCACGAGCACUAUACCAUUGUGCCAGAUACCGAGUCCAUGAGAGAAGGCGAGCAUCUUCCAGUCCACAAUGUUUUAGAAGCAUCGGUGGCAGAUGCAAUAUCGACUUUAGCCUUCUACUACCAGACCAUCAUGAAAUGUAAUGGAAGUACUAACGUUACACAAGCAAAAGCACCCAACAUGACGAUGUGUAGUGAAAUCGGCAGUGACGGCAAGUCUACAAUAAGGAACACAAUUGUGAAUAUGACCGAUUUCAAAGGCUAUACAGGUGUCGUGAGGUUUUCAGCUGGUGGUUACCGCGAGAAUAUAUCCUUUGACAUCCACAGUACACACACGGGCCCCGAUGGUGUCACAACCAUGAAGAAAGUGGCAACUUGGACAGAGGGCAAUUUAACAGUGCCUGCUGAAUUAUUUCCAAAUACUUUUAGCAGUUUGAACAAAAGGGAGCUAAUCGUUGCGACAAGGGAGGCCACUCCGUUUAUCUUUCGAGGAGCAGAUCUUGAACCUCCCUUUGUUCAAUUCACCGGGUUCUGCGUCGAUAUUUUGGAUGAAUUGGCGAAACAGUACAAUUUCUCGUACAAAAUGGUUGAAUCGAUAGAUGGAAAGUGGGGUGCUCCAAAUGAGGAUGGUAGCUGGAACGGACUUAUUGGUAUGGUCAUACGAGGGGAAGCUGACAUGGCGAUUGGACCAUUCACCAUCACUCAUAUUAGGGAGACGGUAAUUGAUUUCACAGCGUCCUACCUCCAGGACGGGGCGGGUAUCAUUAUGAAGCGACCGGAGGACGAGUCCAAGGAGUUCCGUAUGUUUCGUCCCUUUCAUUGGACAAUCUGGUCGGCUAUUGCUGGAGCCGUUUUGAUGACUGGCUUGGGAGUUGGGCUAAUCAAUCAUUUUGAACCCAAUGGUCGGUCAAGGAGGAAGGAUGGAACUUUCAUUAAGGAUUUGGGAAUACGGGGAAGCAUAUGGACGGCGUACCGGAUUCUUAUACAUCAAGGUGCAAUGGCUUUGCCGACGAGGCACUCCGGUCGGGUUGUCGUCGCCUUUUAUUGGUUCUUCACAAUUAUCACCUUUGCCACAUACACUGCUGACCUUGUCGCCUUCCUGACUGUACCGUACGUCCCCCCACCUAUCCGAACGUUAGAUGAACUCAGUCAACAAGACGAAAUCAGGCCAAUAUGCAAGGAGGGCUCUAACCUGUACUACCUGUUCAAGGACGCGGAAGGAGGUGCUUACAAACGAGUUUGGGAAAUGAUGGCGGGUAACCCAACCGUCCUCGGCAAUGAAGAGGGCACUAAAUUAGUUAAUGAGACAGGUGCAUGGGCGUUCAUGACUGAUUACACUCAGCUAGAAUACGUCUACAACAGGGAUUGCGAAAACUACGUCCUUGCUGAUGAGAUAUUUAACGUGGCUGGCUAUGGGUUUGUUCUCCCAAAAGAUUCCCCAAUAAACACGGUGUUCUCUGCAAGCAUCGUAGCGAUGCAAGAAGCAGGGGUAAUUCAACGUUGGAAGAAGAAGUGGUGGUCAACUCAAUCCGGAGCCGAAUGCAUCGUGUCAACGUCAAGCAGCACAGCACAGCCACUUGGGCUAGAGAGUUGUGCAGGGGCUUUUGUGGUUCUUGCAGCUUCAACGGCAUUGUCAUCACUGGUCCUUGUCAUUGAGCUGGUGUUUAGGCGAUGCACCAAAGCUUGCAGACGAAAAUAUGAACUCCGAGAUACUACACCUAGCAGCAAAAGAGUCGCUGGAAAUAAUAACGAUCAAGCUUAGUAAUAGAUUUUGAGGGCCAAUUGACAAUGUAUCAAGAGACAAAAAAAUUGUAUCGGGAGGGGGGUGCCGCCUUCUAUCCCAAAACACUUUUUUAUCAGAAAUCUGCAUGUCAAAGAACAUGUUCUUUAGGCGGCGUCUUGGGAAAAACAGUAGCCCCCCCCCCCCCCCGCUAAAUACAACGAGUUCGUCAUAUUACCCAACAGUUAUUUUACAAAGAAAACAUAAUAUAUUUUUCAUUUGUGGCCAUAAAGUUAUUUUCUUAAGGUAGUUUCUUCAUCCAUCGCAUU